CCCACACCCACACCCACACCCACACCCACACCCUUCGUCUCUAUAUUAUCCGACAUGCAGAAUCAGAAAUCAAUGCUGCUUCCACUCAUAUUUGCGGUCAGAAUAUUCCAUGUAUGUUAAGUCCACUUGGCAAUGAACAAGCAAUGUUAUUAGGCAGAGUUUUAUCAUAGACAUAUUUCUUUAUUGUUAUUUGUUUUUUUUUUGAUUCAUAGGCAAACGUUUAAAAUAUCAAAAUAUCAAAUUUGAUUCUAUUCUAUGUUCAACAGCUGUUCGUGCACAACGAACAGCAGAAAUUGCAUUAAAAACUAUGAAUAUUGACAUAUCAAAAUUAAUCAUUUCAAGUGAACUUCUAGAACAAUCUCAAGGUAGUUGGGAAGGUAUGAGUCGAGCGUUAGCUUUUACUCCAGAAGUAAUACAACAAUGGAAUGAAUUACAUUUUGAAUUCUGUCCUCCAAAUGGUGAGUCAAAACGAAUGGUACAAAAACGUGCUUUAGCUUACCUAGAACCGAUUAUUGAACAAGCAAAAAAUCAAAGUCUAGAAGAAAAUCGUGAAAUAUCAAUUGGUAUUUUUACACAUGCAAAUUUAAUACAAUCUAUAUUACAAUAUUAUUUACAAAGUAAUCCAAAAUAUGCAUGGCUUAUUAAACAAAAUAAUACAGCAAUUAAUGAAAUUCUAUUAAAUGAACAUGGAAUAUCUGUUGUUCAACUUCAAAUUGAUCUUCAACGAAAUAUACGUCAAAUGGAAAAUCAACAAAUAACAUCAACUAAAACUAUUCAAUCAUUAAAAAAUCAAAUUGAUGAAUUGUUUAAAAAAAAUCUCUCAAUUAAUGAACAAUAUGAUGAACAAAAUCAAUUGUUAGUUAAAGUUACUACCGAUUAG